AUGCUUAAAAUUGUCUUCUUUUCUCUGUUCUUCCUUCGUCCCUGGCGAUUGGCUUUGAAGAUUAGAUUGUUGAUGUUGCUAUUGGAAAUGAGUAGACAGACCGCUUUGGCACAACAAAGCCAAUCUACCCAUCAUCAAAAGGCAUCAGCUUCAACUUCUAGUCAUCGUUCUUCUGCCAUUGCUCGUCCUCAACAAAAUCAACAACAAAUGUCCCCAGAAUUAAUUGCCCAACUUCUAACAGCUCUGCAAGUCACCAAUCAUUCUGCCAACGCAACGGAGGGGGGAACAACAACAAAUUCAUUACCAACUCCAGAACAAUUGGCAGCGCUUCAAAAGGCUCUGGCUGAAGGAGGGGCAGGAAAGGAAGGACAGCAAGGAAGUACAUACUUCGAUUUGCGUGCAAAAUCUAAAACUAAAUUGGUCAAUCCUGUGCCGAGUAAAUAUGCGGAUGUGAAGAAAAAGGAUGAGAGUAAAAAAUGAAUGGGAGGGUGGUUGGAAAAGUGAAGAAAGUUUGUGUGAUAAAUAAAUAGAUAAUAUAUGUA